GCUAUAUUCAAUUUUAAUGAUACCUAUGUAGUGCUGAGGAGGAGUAUCGAAGACAAAUGCGAAGUCAAUUAACAAAUUAAUCGGGAAGUGUACGUAAAUAUUGACAAGUCCAAUUAUUGAAACUCGCUUGUUAAGGUCCUCCGAAACUCGAAACGCAGAAAAGGCGGAACUGUGGAAGUGGGCAGAAGCUGCCAUACUCAAACAACCGCAGUGCGAGGUGCGCAACGCGGUCAAAAUGAGACGGUAAAGCGGAUGAAACUCGGAAUCGCAUCGCUCGUAGGCCGGGCUCGAGGUAAACGGACGACGAUUUACAGUUUGCACUCCGGACGAGAGAACCGCAAUAGUGCGAGACGAAGGCAAGCGGAGCAGCCGCGCCGGAAGCAGGAAACCGAAAAAGAGGCCACGGCGAGACCGGGAUGAGUGCCAAGAACGAUGUGAAUAGGCGAGUCUUGGCGAUCCAAGCGAAGAAGAAACGGCACAAGCCGGUCAAACGAAAGGGAAAAGGCCCACAGGGCGACCUAGAAAAUCCUGGGACCCAAUCUUCCAAACCAUCCUUCUCUCGACAAAGCCAGGACUCCGGCGGUCAGAGGCAAAACUCCGGGGGCAACGGGAACAGUAAUAGACUGGAUCCCUGCCAUAGUUCGAGUAACGAGACCAUCGAGGAUGAUGACGAGGUUUAUAGCAGUGAAGAAGAAGAGCAAGAAGAUAGCAGUGAUUAUUGUAAAGGAGGUUAUCAUCCAGUCAAAAUAGGAGAUCUGUUUUUAAAUCGCUAUCACGUCACUCGCAAACUUGGUUGGGGGCAUUUUUCAACUGUUUGGCUGUGCUGGGAUCUUCAGGAUAAACGAUUCGUUGCCCUAAAGGUUGUAAAAUCAGCGUCUCAUUUUACGGAGACUGCACUAGAUGAAAUCAAGCUUUUAAAAGACGUUCGUGACACCGAUCCUAACGAUCCUAAGCGUAACAAAACCGUCCAGUUGCUUAAUGACUUCAAGAUCAGAGGCAUCAAUGGACUACACGUUUGCAUGGUUUUUGAAGUUCUUGGACACAACUUACUUAAACUUAUCAUCAAAUCUAAUUAUCGAGGGAUUCCAAGGAAUAACGUUAAGCGCAUAAUAAGACAAGUCCUAGAAGGUCUUGACUACCUGCAUAAUAAAUGUAAGAUAAUUCACACCGAUAUAAAGCCAGAAAACGUUUUAAUAUGUGUGGACGAAAUCUACAUAAGAAAAUUGGCUUCCGAAGCAACAGAACUUCACUCCUUGGGUUUAAAGUUACCCGUUUCUCUUAUAUCCACCGCACCGAAAGAAUUUCAGGAACCAACGCCCAACUCCAAAAUGUCAAAGAACAAAAAAAAGAAACUAAAGAAGAAGGCUAAGCGACAAAACGAACUUUUGAAAAAGCAAAUGGAGCAAAUAGAGGAAAUCGAAGAACAAGAUAAGACUACGGGUGACACGAAGGAAAAUGGCGACGUCGGUGAACUCGAAACAAACAGUCCAGAUCCCGAUAUCACCGCAGAAAGUAUUGAAGAUAACACUGAGAGUAAAGAGUCUCCUGAUACCUCGGAACCGUCUGUUCCCUCGCUGCACGUAAACGGCGUCGACGGAUUAGCAGGUGGUGAGAAAAUUGACAAUCAGACGAACGAACAGCAGAAGAUCGAAAAUGUCACGUUGACUGAUGUAGAGAAAAGCUGUGGCGAGGGCGGUUUACCACCUGAUCUUGACGACACGGAGGAGGGCAGUGAAGAACCUGUGGUCAAAAAAUGCUGGCUAAUGAACUCGACCUUUUUUUGGUCUCUUACAACGUUUGCCAAAGCACAAUCCAAUGAUACUAGUCUUUCAAAAGUUAUCCGGAAUGCAGAUGACAACAACAUCGACGACGACAGACACCAUAUUAGAACGGAUGAGGAUCACCUAGCACAUAUUAUAGAACUUCUUGGAGAAAUUCCCCGACGAAUCGCUCUUUCUGGAAAGCAUUCAAGACUAUUUUUCAACAAAAAAGGGGAUCUGAAACACAUCACUGGUCUAAAACCUUGGGGACUGUAUGAAGUCCUUACAGAAAAGUACGACUGGUCACCUAGUGAAGCGCGAGAGUUCGCAGAGUUCCUAACACCAAUGCUCGAAUUCGAUCCAAACACGCGAGCCACGGCAGCUGAGUGUUUAAAGCAUCCCUGGCUGCAAGUCAAGUGAUCGCGUUUUAUAUUGUCUUAAUCAGUAAAUUCCUAAACGCUCUAUUGUCCCGAUUUAAUCACAACCGAGAGUGUGAUAGGAAGCAGAAUCAUCGGACAAAUCGAAAUUCUUUAAAACCACGUGCAACAUAAAGACUUUGGAUGCGAUUAUCGCGAAGUAAUUAAUUUUUGUAGUAACGAGAGCAAGGCGUUGGAAAAAUAAUAUUUAGAAUCGUUAGUAUAACUUUCACCACACUCGUAUCUACUUCUAAGUCUACUGUCUUGAUUACCUCCAUUUUGUGGAAACUCAUGUUAAAUUGUCCCCAGUUUUAAUAACAGACUGCUUGCUUGUUUUUAAAUUAAUUUCCUAUGGAAAUGUCCUACUAAAGUUUAUUUUUUAUCGAGCUCAAUACACUUUCAAAUUAAUUUCUCACAUUCCAACCCACUUUCCGCAAUAUCCUAUUGUACUUCCUAUACAACACUCUCGGCCUCUGCCAAAAAUUUAUUUAUGAAUUUAUUUGUUAUCGAUAUUUUUCAUCUAGCUAUGAUUUAAAUUAAAUCUUCAGUACUUUAUUAUUUACACUUGUUGCUUUCUCUGUACUCGUUAUCUAAGUUAUACAAGCGAUGUUCAAGAAUUUAAUGACUUUCAGACGGCACAAUACAAUCAAAAUUAGUACUAUGAGUCGUCAAAGUAACAGAAUUAAAAAAAAAAACAUUUUUGUCAAGGCCGCUUUUUUCUCUCGUGUGUUGAUACUUUGUAUAAAGAUGAACGUCGGUGACUCCAAACGAGCGGAAAGAUGAUUUUAUAUUGCGUUGAAAUUUUUAGAGGCAGGUACUGCUUUUGCACGCAGACUGAUACAUAAUACUCACGUGCGAUGAGCAGCUCUCUUAUUUUGGAGUCGAUUUAACGAAUUUUUGUAUGAUUGGCGAUAUUUAAAUUUCAAAUGAGAGCGCGACGAACAGUAAAUUUUCGAAACAUAAACCAAUCCUUCGAAUCGCGAAACAAUUUUCGACUAUUAUCUGCUUUUGUAAUAAGUGAGAAACUAAGACUCACUCUUUAAAAAAAAGAUUAGUCGCAACAAUAAGCCUUGAUAAUGAUCCACUACUAGAAGAAAAAUAUAAGUUAUUGACAAGUUUAAAACGCGUUUUGCUUUAGAUGUCAGCUGAUCAGCAUUCUGGUCAAACGUCGCCGUUUUAUUUCAUAUUGGAAAACUUGAGAAGUUGUAGAUAACAUAAUUCGUAGGACCAUUGAAAUGUUUUGUGUAAACAUAUCGUCUCGUUUAAUUGAACAAAUCGCGAAACGACUUUUCAGAAGGCAAAAUGAAAUUAUUCGAGACAACUGUGUUCUCACAUAUUAUAGUCAACUACUAGAAAUAUUUAACUCGCAGUAUUUAACUGGCGAAAAAUCGUGAUUCUUUAAGUUAAAUUGCUCUCUCAGUUUAUAAUCGUUUAUCGAUUAAUCUUGCAUUCGGUUAUCGUAUUCAAGUUAAUGAGUUUUGCAAAAAUAAUAAUAUGAAUGAUAGAAUCUCAUGAAAUUUGUACAGUGAAUAUUUUAAAUUACGUAAAAUUAGCAGGUAACGAUAUUGUUUAAUGUGGUCCAUGAAAUCUAUUGUGUUUAGUCGAAUAAAACGGAUUAGUGCUAUUUUAUAUCAC